AUGACCGCUCGCGCCGUCCUCGCGGAUGGCCUUCGCGACCUCCGGUUCUGCGCCCCGGCGCGAUGGGCUCCAUCCCCUCCCGGGCUCCCGCGGGUGCUGCCCUGGCCCCAGCCUCAGCUCCUGUUGCUGCCGCUGCUGCUGCUGCUGCUGCUGCUGCUCCUCCUGCCGCCGUCAGCACUCCCCGAGGUGUUCACAGUAGGGGUACUAGGCCCCUGGGCCUGCGACCCCAUCUUCGCUCGUGCCCGCCCGGACCUGGCUGUCCGCCUGGCCGCCCACCGCCUGAGCCACGGCCCAGCCCAGGAAGGCGGCCCCCGCUUCGAGGUCGUGCUGCUGUCGGAGCCGUGCCGGACGCCGGGCUCGCUGGGGGCGGUGUCCUCCGCGCUGGCCCGCGUCUCGGGUCUCGUGGGUCCCGUGAACCCUGCAGCCUGUCGGCCGGCCGAGCUCCUGGCUCAGGAGGCGGGGGUCGUGCUGGUGCCCUGGGGCUGCCCGGAGACGCGGGCAGCGGGCACGACGACCCCCGCAGUGACGCCAGCGGCGGACGCCCUCUACGCCCUCCUUCGCGAGUUCCGCUGGGCACGCGUGGCCCUGAUCACCGCCCCCCAGGACCUGUGGGUGGAGGCGGGACGCUCACUAGCCACGGCACUCAGGGCCCGGGGUCUGCCAGUUGCCCUGAUGACCACCAUGGAGCCCUCGGACCGGUCUGGAGCCCGAGAGGCCCUGAGGAGGGUCCAGGACGGGCCCAGAGUCCGAGCAGUGAUCAUGGUGAUGCACUCGGUGCUGCUGGGCGGCGAGGAGCAACGCUGCCUGCUGGAGGCUGCAGAGGAGCUGGGCCUGGCCGACGGCUCCCUGGUCUUCCUGCCCUUCGACACGCUCCACUACGCCUUGUCCCCAGGCCCAGCGGCCUUGGCGGCGCUGGUCAACAACUCGCAGCUCCGCAGGGCCCACGAUGCCGUGCUCACCCUCACUCGCCGCUGUCCCCCUGGAGGCAGCGUGCUGGACAGCCUGCGCAAGGCCCAAGAGCACCAGGAGUUGCCGCCUGACCUUAACCUGCAGCAGGUAUCCCCACUCUUCGGCACCAUCUAUGACGCAGUCUUCUUGUUGGCGGGGGGCGUGGCGCGAGCUUGGGCGGCGGUAGGUGGCAGAUGGGUGUCCGCAGCAGCCGUGGUCCACCACGUCCAGGAUGCCCAGGUCCCAGGCUUCUGUGGAACCCUGGGAGGAGCCGAGGAGCCCCCGUUUGUGCUGCUGGACACGGAUGAGGCGGGGGACCAGCUGUUCACCACAUACAUGCUGGACCCCACCCGGGGCUCCUUCCACUCUGCUGGGACCCCAGUGCAUUUCCCUAGAGGGGGCCAAGGGCCUGGGCCUGACCCCUCUUGCUGGUUCGACCCAGACAUCGUCUGCAAUGGAGGAGUGGACCCUGGUCUCGUCUUUAUCGGCUUCCUCCUGGUGGUUGCGAUGGGGCUGACGGGGGCCUUCCUGGCCCAUUAUGUGAGGCACCGGCUACUACACAUUCAAAUGAUCUCAGGCCCCAACAAGAUCAUCUUGACUCUGGACGACAUCACCUUCCUCCACCCACAAGGGGGCAGUACUCAAAAGGUGGCCCAGGGUAGUAGUCGGUCAAGUCUGGUUGCCCACAGUGUGUCAGACAUUCGCAGUGUCCCCAGCCAGCCCCCGGAUAACUCCAACAUUGGCCUCUAUGAGGGAGAUUGGGUGUGGCUGAAGAAAUUCCCGGGAGAUCAGCACACAGCUAUCCGCCCAGCAACCAAGGCAGCCUUCUCCAAGCUCCGGGAGCUCCGGCACGAGAACGUGGCCCUCUACCUGGGGCUCUUUCUGGCGGGAGGCGCGGACAGCGCCGCGGGCCCCGGGGAAGGCACGCUGGCUGUGGUCUCAGAGCACUGUGCCCGGGGCUCCCUCCACGACCUCCUCGCCCAGAGAGACAUAAAGCUGGACUGGAUGUUCAAGUCCUCCCUCCUCCUGGACCUCAUCAAGGGAAUGAGGUAUCUGCACCACCGAGGUGUGGCCCACGGGCGACUUAAGUCCCGGAACUGCGUGGUGGACGGGAGGUUCGUGCUUAAAGUCACCGACCACGGCCACGGGAGACUACUGGAAGCCCAGAGAGUGUUCCCAGAGCCUCCCAGUGCGGAGGACCAGCUAUGGACAGCCCCCGAGCUGCUUCGGGACCCAGCCCUGGAGCGCCGGGGAACGUUGGCCGGCGACGUCUUCAGCCUGGGCAUCAUCAUGCAGGAGGUCGUGUGCCGCAGCGCCCCCUACGCCACGCUGGAGCUGACGCCCGAGGAGGUGGUGCAGAGGGUGCAGAACCCCCCUCCGCUGUGUCGGCCCUCGGUUUCCGUGGACCAGGCGCCCAUGGAGUGCAUCCAGCUGAUGAAACAGUGCUGGGCAGAGCAACUGGACCUUCGGCCCUCCAUGGACCGCAUCUUUGACCUGUUCAAGAGCAUCAACAAGGGCCGGAAGACCAACAUCAUUGACUCCAUGCUGCGCAUGCUGGAGCAGUACUCCAGUAACCUGGAGGACCUGAUACGGGAGCGCACAGAGGAGCUGGAGCUAGAAAAGCAGAAGACAGACCGGCUGCUCACGCAGAUGCUGCCUCCGUCUGUGGCUGAGGCUUUGAAGAUGGGGACACCUGUGGAGCCUGAGUAUUUUGAAGAGGUAACACUGUACUUUAGCGACAUUGUGGGCUUCACCACCAUCUCUGCCAUGAGUGAACCCAUCGAAGUAGUGGACCUGCUCAAUGACUUAUAUACACUAUUUGAUGCCAUCAUCGGCUCCCACGAUGUCUACAAGGUGGAGACAAUUGGGGACGCCUAUAUGGUGGCCUCGGGGCUGCCCCAGCGGAACGGGCAGCGGCACGCCGCAGAGAUCGCCAACAUGGCCCUGGACAUCCUCAGCGCCGUGGGCUCCUUCCGCAUGCGCCACAUGCCUGAGGUGUCCCUGCGCAUCCGCAUCGGCCUGCACUCGGGCCCGUGCGUGGCCGGCGUGGUGGGCCUGACCAUGCCGCGAUACUGCCUGUUUGGGGACACCGUCAACACCGCCUCGCGCAUGGAGUCCACUGGGCUGCCUUACCGUAUCCACGUCAACGUGAGCACCGUGCGGAUCCUCCGCACUCUAGACGAGGGCUUCCAGAUUGAGAUGCGAGGCCGCACGGAGCUGAAGGGCAAGGGCUCCGAGGACACGUACUGGCUGGUGGGCAGACGCGGCUUCACCAAGCCCAUUCCCAAACCGCCCGACCUGCAACCGGGGACCAGCAACCACGGUAUCAACCUGCAGGAGAUACCCUCCGAGCGGCGCCGGAAGCUGGAGAAGGCGAGGCCGGGCCAGUUCCCCGGAAAGUGA